CCCAUUUGAGAACCAGCGCCUGGAGAGUGACGUCAUUUCUACCGACGCCUCCGCGCGUGUGCGCAUGCGCAUCGACACAUCCACAGUGGACAUCUUGGAAUUAAAGGGGCGCAGAGCGAAUCCUGACAAAAGCGACGAUUCCAGGACGCUGGUCUGCUGGAUCAUGUCCAUGAUGCUGUCUCCUCGUGAUGAGAAGCUGGAGAAGCUGUCGCAGGAGGAGAUCAUCUCCAACACCAAGCUGGUGAUCCAGGGUCUGGAGGCGCUGAAGAACGAGCACAACUCCAUCCUGCACAGCCUCCUGGAGACCAUCAAGUGUCUGAAGAAGGACGAGGAGGCCAGCGUGGUGCACGAGAAGUCCAGUCUGCUCAGGAGAUCUGUGGAGAUGAUCGAGCUGGGGCUGGGCGAGGCUCAGGUGAUGAUGGCUCUCUCCAAUCAUCUGAACGCGGUGGAGUCGGAGAAGCAGAAGCUGCGUGCUCAGGUGAGGCGUCUCUGUCAGGAGAACCAGUGGCUUCGAGACGAGCUGGCGAACACACAGCAGAAGCUGCAGAAGAGCGAGCAGAGCGUGGCACAGCUGGAGGAGGAGAAGAAACACCUGGAGUUCAUGAACCAGCUCAAGAAGUACGACGAGGACGUGUCUCCUUCGGAGGAGAAGGACGGUGAGCCGCCCAAGGACUCUCUGGAUGAUCUGUUUCCUAACGAUGAGGAGGAACACACUCAGGGAAUGCAGCACCAGCACAACAGUGCGGCGGUGGCGGCGGCGCAGCAGGGCGGCUACGAGAUCCCUGCGCGGCUGCGGACGCUUCAUAACCUGGUGAUCCAGUACGCGUCUCAGGGCCGCUACGAGGUGGCCGUGCCGCUCUGCAAACAGGCUCUGGAGGAUCUGGAGAAAACCUCGGGACACGACCACCCCGACGUGGCCACCAUGCUCAACAUCCUGGCACUCGUGUACAGGGAUCAGAACAAAUAUAAAGAGGCGGCUCACCUGCUGAACGACGCUCUCUCCAUCAGAGAGAAAACUCUGGGCAAAGACCAUCCUGCUGUUGCAGCCACUCUCAAUAAUCUGGCAGUGCUGUACGGGAAGAGAGGCAAGUAUAAGGAGGCCGAGCCGCUGUGUAAACGAGCGCUGGAGAUCCGAGAGAAGGUGCUGGGGAAGGAUCAUCCGGACGUGGCGAAGCAGCUGAAUAACCUGGCGCUGUUGUGUCAGAAUCAGGGCAAGUAUGAGGAGGUGGAGUAUUAUUACUGCAGAGCGCUGGAGAUCUAUGAGCGUCAGCUCGGCCCGGACGACCCCAAUGUGGCCAAAACCAAGAACAACCUGGCCUCCUGCUUCCUCAAACAAGGCAAAUAUAAAGAAGCUGAGGUCCUGUAUAAAGAGAUUCUGACCCGCGCUCACGAGAAGGAGUUCGGAUCGGUGGACGCCGAAAACAAGCCCAUCUGGAUGCACGCGGAGGAGAGAGAGGAGAUGAGCAAGGGGAAGCACAGAGACAACACACCGUACGGAGAAUACGGAGGCUGGUACAAAGCCUGUAAAGUCAACAGCCCGACGGUCAACACCACGCUGAGGAACCUGGGAGCUCUGUACCGCAGACAGGGCAAGAUGGAGGCAGCAGACACACUGGAGGAGUGUGCCACCAGAUCACGCAAACAGGGUCUGGAUGUGGUCCAUCAGACGCGUGUGGUGGAGCUCCUGAAGGAGGACGAGAGCGCUGAGCGCCGGCGCAGCAGAGACAGAGACAGAGACAGAGACAGAGACAGCGUGAAGUACGAGAGCAGCUCUGAGGGAGCAGAUGAAGUGAGUAUGGCCAUCGAGUGGAGCGGGAGAGUCUUGAAGGAAUAUUUCCCCCGAAACCGAGCGCAGACUCGCCUCGACGGGCUUUCAGAGAUUGAGUGUUUAGAUCAAGCUCAAACAUGAGACGGAGACACACAGAACUAGUCAGAGCUGCUUCUCUUGUUUGAAGGAUCAUUAGAUGAUUCAGAUCAGGGGAAGCUCACGAAGCAGUCAGCAUGUGUGUGUGUGUGUGUGUGUGUGUUAUGUGAUUAGGUGUGUGUUUCUGUGUGUGACGGUGUGUAUUUCUGUGAUUUCUCAGGCAGUGCAUGUAAGACUGUGGAUGUGAAGAUGACUUUCAUACCCAGAAUAAAUCACACUUGCAUUCUUGUGUUUGCGUUCAGAUUGUUUCUGUUCUGAGGCUUCAUGAGAUGAUGAUCUCUCACGAAUCAUCUCUUGUUUUUGAGUCAUUCAUCCAUGUACUGCUCCUUCACCAGUGGUUUAGUGAUGUGAGCUGCGUGUGUGUGUGUGUGUGUGUGUGUGCUGCAGACGCUCGUGGUGUGUGUCUGUGCCUGUGCAUGUGGUGUGUGUGUCGUGUCGUAGCGCCUGCAUGACUCUGUGCCUCACCAUCACUACCUGCCACUAACCAGCCACAUCACCGCAGCUGUUGCCUUGACAACAAUCAGCCAAUCAGCAGCCUUUCCCAACAGCAUCACGAGUCUGAGUAGAUAAAGCAACAGAUGUCAUCGAAGGUUUCUGCGAUCUACUUACGAUGCUUUUGGGAAACACAGCUGGGAUCAGUUUUGCCUGACGCAGUGGAUUGUACUCCUCCCUUCUUCACUGAGAGACACACUGGAGCUCCAGGCAUAUCUAUAAAUGUACAACACAUACAGUUACACAACUAGUCUGUAAUCAAGUCUCUUCUGCUCACCAAGGCUGCAUUUAUAAUAAAAUAAAAUAUUAUUAGAAUGUAAGUCAGCUGUUUUCUGUGUGAAUAUCUCCAGUAUUUUAAAACUUUAAUUUAUUUCUGUGAUGCAUUCACUUUUUAUCGAUUUAAUGCAUCCUUGAUGAAAACAAGUAUUAAGUAUUGUUCUAAAAAAAAUCUUACUAACUUCUGAACGGAAAUGUAUCACAGUUACUACAAACAUAUUGAGCAACUGUGUUCAACACUGAUAAUAAUCAGAAAUGUUUCUUGAGCAGUAAAUGAUCAUAUUAUUCUGAUUUCUGAAGAUCAUGUGACACUGAAGACUGGAGGAAUGAUGCUGAAAAUACAGCGGAGCAUCACAGAAAUACAUUACACUUUAACACAGAUUCACACAGAAAAUAACUGUUUUACAUUAGAAUAAUAUUUAAUGUCUUUUACUCUAUUUUUGAUAAAAUAAAUGCAGCGACUGUGAGCAAAAGAGACUUAUGUUGUAGAGGAUAAAUCACUGCCCUUGAAAAGAAGUCCAGCCCAGCGUUUGUUUCCUGUUCUACUUCCUGUGUCAUGACUUCAGUGACGGACAGGAGCUGCUGCUCUCUCGACUUUAUAAAGCAACAGUUAAUGAGUUUAACUAAAUAAGUUAAGUAAAUUACAAAUAAAUGAUAUAUACAUAAUGGUGUGUGUGUGUGUAUAUAUAUAUGUAUGUGUUAUCUGUUUAUCAGCACUUGGCCUAUUAAGUAAAUAUAGUAGACGUGUGUUUGGAGGAGUGUGAGAGUGACAGACAGAUGGACAGACAGCCAGAGAGACAGAGAGAGAGACAGACGGACAGAGAGACAGAUAGAGAGAUGGACAGAUAGAGAGACAGACAGAUAGAGAGAUGGACAGAUAGAGAGACAGACGGACAGAAAGACAGAUGGACAGAUAGAGAGACAGACAGAUAGAGAGAUGGACAGAUAGAGAGACAGACAGACAGAUGGACAGACUGAGAGAUCGACAGAUAGAGAGACAGAGAGAAGGACAAAGAGACAGACGGACAGACAGAGAGAGAGAUAGACAGACAGACAGACUGAGGGAUGGACAGAAAGACAGAUGGACAGAUAGAGAGACAGACAGACAGAUAGAGAGAUGGACAGAUAGAGAGACAGACAGAUAGAGAGACAGAUAGAGAGACAGACAGACAGAUGGACAGACAGAGAGAUAGACAGAUGGACAGACAGACAGACAGCCAGAGAGACAGAGAGAGAGACAGACGGACAGAGAGACAGAUAGAGAGAUGGACAGAUAGAGAGACAGACGGACAGAAAGACAGAUGGACAGAGAGAGAGACAGACAGAUAGAGAGAUGGACAGAUAGAGAGACAGACAGAUAGAGAGAUGGACAGAUAGAGAGACAGACGGACAGAAAGACAGAUGGACAGAUAGAGAGACAGACAGAUAGAGAGAUGGACAGAUAGAGAGACAGACAGACAGAUGGACAGACUGAGAGAUCGACAGAUAGAGAGACAGAGAGAAGGACAAAGAGACAGACGGACAGACAGAUGGACAGACAGACAGACAGACAGACUGAGGGAUGGACAGAAAGACAGAUGGACAGAUAGAGAGACAGACAGACAGAUAGAGAGAUGGACAGAUAGAGAGACAGACAGAUAGAGAGACAGAUAGAGAGACAGACAGACAGAUGGACAGACAGAGAGAUAGACAGAUGGACAGACAGACAGACAGCCAGAGAGACAGAGAGAGAGACAGACGGACAGAGAGACAGAUAGAGAGAUGGACAGAUAGAGAGACAGACGGACAGAAAGACAGAUGGACAGAGAGAGAGACAGACAGAGAGACAGACGGACAGGCCAGACGUGUGUUUGAUUUAAGCUCUUAAUGGUGUGCUGUCUCUCUCUCUCUCUCUCUCUCUUCAUCAGGCAUAAAGCCAUCAAGAGUUUCCAUCAUCUUCUUCCUCCUCACACAGGAAGGCCGUGUUUGUUUGUUUCCUCUGGACGUCCAUCCUGUGCCGUAACGGGUGUCCUUUAAUCGUCAGAGGGACGUGUCUCUCCUCAGUCCUGCUUCUUCUUUUCAUUCUUCGGGUGACGUGACGUCGUCUUUGGGCUCUUCAUCUGCUCCUCUCUCUCGUCUCUGAUCUGCUGAUAAUCGAUGUCAACACUUUCAUCUGUCGUCGUUUCCAUCACAGUUCUUUCAGACGGAAACACUGUUAAUUCUGCAGAUUUGAUGGUUUUGUCUCUUUUUUGCUGUCUAUGGGUUCGAGUGUGUUUCGUCAUUAGUGUUUCACAGAAACUUGCUCUUGAUACUGUUUUUGUUUUGUUUUUUGUAAUCUAUGAUAAAUGAUGAAUUCAUAUUGCUUGAGGAUGUAUGUGAUGCAUCCAAAGUCAAACAACACAAGAGAAACGUCACAGCUGCGUUGAUGUGUUUAUCUUCACAGUCUAAGUAACCUUUACAGUGUUCACAUUAACGCUUGCUGUGGGAUUGAUGCAUUAGUCAGCUGUGAUAUUAUAUAUCAAAUAUCUAUGAAGCUUGUUUCUGCCAUGGAAUAAUACAAUUAAAAAGGUAACUGUGACUUUUUAUUUCACAAUUUUUACUUUAUAUAAGAUAUGACCUUGUUUUAUCCUGUGGUGGAAACGGCUCUUAGCUCUUGUGUGUGUUUACCAGUCGUGGAGAGACAGAUGCUCCUGAUUCAAUCCACAUGCUCAUAUUUCACCUGCAAAGGGAACAAUCUUCAGCUGUCAGUAUUCAGAGCCAGAACAUUUCAGACAUUCGCUGACUCGGUCCAAGAGAACAUGAGGUUUGGUCGCAGCUGAUGGAGGGAACAGUGUUAUUCUGAGCGACUCUGCUGCAGUAAAUACUUUCAUUGAGCUUGUUGAAUGUGUUGAAGGCCAAAUGCAGAGACGUUUAACACAAUCGUUCUAUGAAAAGCCUUUCGUGACUGUAUUAUAUCUCUGAAUGUGCGGUCAGUUCAGUUUACACUAGUGCUGCAGGCCUCAUUUAUUCCGUUUUCACUAAUGAAUGAUAUUUGCUUCAUUCCAAACACACACGUGAUGAUGAUGAUGAUGAUGAUGAUGAUGAUGCUGCGGUAGAAAACAAACAAAUGUUGCUCUUAAUAAUGUGUUUGUGUGUUGUGGAUUGCUGCAUAUUUAUUGGUUUAUCUUGGUUUUAAUCUGAGCGUUUGUGUUGACUAUCAUAGUGAGUAGAUCUACUAAUGAAUAUAUAAACACAUUACUCCACUGCAUUGUGACGGUUGUUAACAUAUAAACAAUAAAGGUUUAUUUCUAAAGUU